UAACAAAGACUAUUUUGCACAUGACAAGGCUUUUGUUAGCUCUGGUAUUCAGAUCAAUUCAUGCAGGAUUAUACAAUUGUUUCAAAUAUAACUUGUUCACAUUCACACCUCUUCUUAAAGAGGUUCCUUUGUUCCUCAAAUGUGUCAUCUGAAGUGUGAUUCCUAAUUCUGCCUCAGGUUGAGAAUCAAUGUCAUCCGUGGCUGGAUGGACAAGGCAAAAGACUUCAAAGGGAAGUUCUUCCUCCUUUUCAUGGUUACCAUCAUCUUCAUCUUCUUUAUCACUGUGAGAUUACCGUGGACGACGUACAGCGCCGUCCCAAAGCCACGUGAGGCUCCGAAAACUUGCCCCUUUCGGAUCUCUGAGCGGACCAUCACCCCCCUCAACAAUACCAAGCACUUACUGGUGUCAGCCUACAUGGACCAGAGAGUGAAGGGCUUUGAUAUACGCAUCAUUGGUAUAUUUAGGAGAGACUCCAUCCAACCCCUUUACUGUCUUUUCUGCUGUGCAGGUGACUUAUCAAGUACAACACCUCCAACAACAAUUUUACAACACUCUGACAACUUCGGUUUUCCCUUCGCCACAACGGAUGUCAUGUGUCAGAUUCCUCAAAACUGCAACGCUACACAUGUCAGUCUCCUGACUCAGCCAGGCAGAGUAAAAGUAUUUAACCAGAUGUGGCUUCCUAUCAGAAACCAGAAGACCAAAGGGAAGGAGGAGAAAAAGUUUCAGUUUGACUUCACAGUCUGCGUCUCCAACCUGUUUGGAGAAUACAACAAUGUGCUUCAGUUUGCACAGACGCUGGAGAUGUACAGGUUGCUGGGUGUGAACAGGGUGGUGAUCUAUAACACCAGCUGUGGCCCAGACCUGGAGCGCCUGCUGCAGAGCUACAGCCAGGAGGGCUUCGUGGAGAUGGUCCCCUGGCCCAUCGACCAGUAUCUGAAUCCAUCUCGUGGCUGGCUCUUCUCAGAGCAUGGAGGGGACGUACACUACUUUGGCCAGCUGGCCACGCUUAAUGAGUGCAUUUACAGAUCCAUGGACCGCUCACGCUACGUCCUGUUGAACGACAUCGACGAGAUCAUCAUGCCAUACCAACACAACAACCUGAUGUCUCUGAUGGACAUGCUCCAACAGCAGCAUCCAAAUACAGGAGUGUUCCUCAUUCAGAACCAUUUCUUCCCUAAGAAACGCUUUGAGCCAAGUGGGAGGUUUCACCUGCCUCAGUGGAACAAGGUGCCGGGCGUUAAUAUUCUGGAGCACAUCUACAGGGAGAUCCCCGACGGACAUGAAGACAUGCCGCACAAGAUGAUAGUUCGGCCAAGGUUGGUGGAGCAGACUUCAGUGCAUAACGUGCUCAAGACUUUGGGAGAAAGGUUCAUCGUGCCGAUGGACGUUUGUCGGAUCAUUCAUGUCCGCACAUCUAAGCGGGGGUCGUUAACGCUGCAGCAGCUCAAUGAGGACAAACGACUGUGGGACUUCCAAGAAAAACUGAUUCCCAAUGUGGACAAAGUACUGAGGAGAGCAGGGCUGCUGAGCUCAGAGGGUCAGAGCUGAUGGAUGGGAUGGACAGACACAUAUAACACUAUAAUAACCAUCAUUUAUAAAUGGUAAAUUCAUAGUUAAUUGAACUUAGUUUAUAGUUAUUUUACUGUUAACAAUCAAUGAAAUGAUAAUUGAUGUUUACUAAUUAUUAGUAAUGUUAUCAUUUCUGUUAUUGUACCAAUAAUUUGUGUGAUAUGAAAUAAUUACUUUAUAAAUUGUGAACUGAAUAAAACAACACGUUUUAAACACAAA